GUCUGGUGCCGCUGCCGACACUCCCUGAGAGAAGCUAAGACAGGGCAGACAGUCUACACUAGCCACUAGAAAGGAGGUGACUUUACAGCGGCAAGCAGUGGCACACAGACACAGCGCGUCGACCAGGGUGUAAUGAGUAGAAGGGAUACUGGGUCUGUGCCUGAGCUGCUGGGUCCUGAAGCCCCCCUCGUGUCUUUGUCUGUGCACAAGCGGCUUGUUGGAUGCUGAUGUUUGCAGCCGACGAAAUAUGGAUUUUGACUGUUUUUCGUUUGGUUUUGUUGGAUUUUAGAGACCGGGCUGAAUAGAUUUGAAAGCGCAUCUUGGAAUUACAACCAUGAACUUUGUUGUCACUUUGAUGCACAUCCAUUUGGCCGCGGUUCUUCACUUCCCGACUGUAAAGACUGCCAGCAUUAACAAGAGAGUGGAGAAAAGUGAAAAUGAGGUCAUUCUUCUCCCAGAUGUCAUAACCAAGAGUAUGUGUCAGCCGAGGGAGAUACUGGUGGACAUCUUCCAGGAGUAUCCAGAGGACACUGAACACAUCUACAUUCCUUCCUGUGUUGUCCUAAACCGCUGUGGUGGCUGCUGCAACGACGAAGCCAUGGAGUGUGUUUCCAUGGAAACCCGCAAUGUCACGUUGCAGGUAACGCGGCUUAGACUUCUGGUAACACAGCACACUGUCCACUUAAGUUUCACAGAGCAUCAAAAGUGUUAUUGCAGACUAAAGCCUGAUGUUCAAGCAAAGAAACAAUACCACUGUUUGCCUUGCUCAGAGAGAAGGAAGCGCUUGUUUGUGCAGGAUCCUCUCACCUGUAAAUGUUCCUGCAAAUUCACACAGUUAGACUGCAAGUCCAGGCAACUUGAGUUAAACAAAAUAACUUGCAGAUGCGAUAAAACGAGAAGAUGAGACUAGCAACACUAUUAUGAAGAAUUUCUUUCUUGACACAGCACUUUGGAAACCUGAGGAUGCAUGACACAAAAUGACAACGCAAGAAAGCACAUUCUGAAGCAAAUCCUACCACAUCGACAAUUUGUAUUGCUGCUACAUACAAAGACAACAUUUUAAGCUAAACAAAUGUGCCACUGGCGUUUGAAAAGGAAAUGUGUGUAACAUGCACGUGUGUGUGUAACGACAGAAAGCGUGAUCACAACUUCAACGAACGGUGCAGCAGCAGCCCAACUCCCCUCCAAACUAUGACAGAAGAGAUUAGUUUAUACAGAGGGAGGACAAGAACACAAAGGAACUGUUUGUUGUACCUGAUCACAGCGGCGGGUCUUAAUAGUGUUUCUCUUUGAAAUUAUGUGAAGUAUGAACUGACUAGUAUGAGUAUCCACCUAAAAGGUUUCCUUAACUUGACUUUGGAUAAAAGUUGUAUGUCGAUGUGACAGUUAAUGUGAGAUUAUCUUCUCUCAUAUAAGGGUAAUGUGAUGAUGUUAAAAACUAACCCCUUACAUAAUGGUGAUGCUUUAGCAAGAUUAGGGUUGACUGAAGUGUUUCUUAUUGACUAAAAAUUAAAUUCUUAUGGUUGAAGUUUCUGUUGGGAUAGGAGACCACUAUCUGCUCCCGGUACCCCCACUCUCAUUUAGGAAUCAGGAAACCUUUAUUGCCAUAAUAUGUGAGACAUAUAAGGAAUUUUACUUGCCGGUUGGUGCAUAACAGUACGACAAGACAACGUGCAACCCCCUCCCUUUAGGGAAAGCACACUUGUUUCAUUUUGUGCAGAGACUUUAUUUUAUUCAUUUUGAGCUCUUGUUUUCGUUAACAAUCUUUUGAGACUGUCUAGGAAUAUUACUGUAGGUAUAUGCGGGGAGAAGAGGUGACCAGAAAUACUGAUCAUCGAACACUUCGGCUCCUCACUGUAGAAAUCCUCAACCUUCCAGUGCCCUUAUUUAAUAUCUUUGUGUGUGUGAAAGAAAUAGUCAGGCAUCCACAACCAGGUAGUUGAUCAUAAAUAAUAUGCAUAUGCUUACUCAAUAUCCCUCUAGUGUCCUACAUCUAAUUCAUAGAAUAUGUUCAAUAUUGAUAUUUCUAUGCAAUGUUAAGGUCCUUUUUUUUAAAACUUUUUGAAGACUCAAUGUAGAACACAAAUGACCGUAAACUCCUUCACUUUGGUGGGGAAAGGACUUAAAGGCAAUGCUUUGACAUUCCUGAUUGAAGCUGGGUUUCUCAUCAGCUACAGAGAGAUCAUGGUGGGCUGGUUGACCGAUAGAAACCCCAACCACCAGACUGUGCAGGAAUGAUGUGACAAGACAGGUGUUUUUCAUUUGGGCUAGAGUGAGAGACAUGUGGUUUUGCACUUGUUCGCCCAAAGGCAUGUCCUACUGAAGAAAUUUAGUUGCUGCCUCGCCAUAGGGCCAUACUUUGGUGAAGCAUGUCCAAGCAGACUUGUGGUGGUAAAAUUCCAUAGUGUUUCUCUGACUCUUAAGAUUGAAGAUGUAGUAUUUUGAGGAUCAGCACAAUACACACUUUCCACAAAUCAAAAUAUUUAUGAUACUAAACUGUUCCCAUAUGAGAAACUCGUUUCUCAUCCAUGACCCUUAAUAGAGACACAUGAUAAAUGGUUCAGUAAAAGUGCAAGGGAUAUAAUUAAUACUUAUGUGCCAUCAUCUAUACAAUUUUAAUUUUGUAUUGCCCAAAAUUCAGAAUGAAAAAUACCCUUUACAAGAGGGUUUUACAUUGCACAUAGGACAUUUUCCAUCCUGGAACCCUCAUAUCAGCACAGAAUUAAUAUGUCAAAGCUAACACUGUUACUAUUACAAGCUAAAACCUUGAACACAGUGUAUACAUGGACCGUCUAAGUGGGUCCUUUUUACUGUCCAUGAUUUCAGCUUUGUUGAAACUCCCAAUGUAAACAUUUCUUCAGAGUGUUAGAUUGAUUGGUCAUUUAUUUAAUGGAAUGUAUUAACUAAUUCAUACUCUCAUUAUUAUAGUAUUAAAAGGCAUGACUUCAUGAAUACACUACUUGUGUGAUUCUGGAAUUAUUAGAAUAAGGGUCCAGACCCCAAGUCAGUAUUUUUUACUUUCUCUAAAGUAAAGUGACUCAUUUUAAUUCACCACUGUUGUUCAUGUGAACUUAUCUUUUCUGCUUGAGGCUUCAGUGUGUUCAGAGACAGGGUGCUCGAUCUCUGUGCCAAUGCUUUUCAAGCCCACGGAUGAUGUCCACAUUUUUAAUUUGUAAUUAAAUGACACACUUUUUGUACAGCUAUAUUUUCACAUUAAUAUAUAUUUUGGUGCUGUAAAAUGUUUUACAAUAUGGAUACUCUUAUUUAUGUUUUUUUAUUUCCACUAAUAUAAAAUAUUUAUUUUGAAAAUGCUUUUCUUUUGUCAAAGUUUGAAAGCUUAACUUUUUGGUAUAAAAAUGAUUGUGUCAGAUUUAUUAAUUGUGACCUGACGUCUAAAUCAUCAACAGACAUGAUGUGGCCAACAGAGUGUUUACUGUGUAGACUAGUCUACGUUUGGAAUUGCCAAUCUCCAUUCUUAUUUACUUUUUAUCUAGGUGUACUCUAUAUAGAGUUUUCCCUCAGUGCAUUCUUCACUUUGAAUAACAAAUGGAGGUUGACCAAAACAUGUUGCCAGCCAUGCAGACACAAGGCUUUGAUAUGAUCCACAAACCAGUGGAUCAUUUUGAGAGGACUACGUCCACCUCUAAUGAACAGGCUAUUCUUUUGGCUGAUACAUUUGUUUGGUGCAGUUAUCCAAACUUAUAAAGCAUUUUUACUGCAUUAUUUGUAACUCCAUUCAAGAAGAAUAAUGAAAUGUGUUUAGGCUGAGCAUCUGUCAGGCCUUGUAAAUGAACUGAAUGAAGAGAGGUACAACCACAGCAGCUGUUCUGUUAUUGUGGCCGGGAAAACAAUAAAAGACGUUCUCCUUAAAACUCCA